AUGUCCACCCAACUUGGUUCUUCCGUGAACCCUGUUCCCUCUUCUCUUCCAACGUCCAGUCUGCCCGACGACUUCGCCUCUGAGCUACCUCCUCCCCCAUCAGGCGGUACAUGGGGGUCAGCAUACUACUUCUUCGAAGGGGCAUCCGAUCCAGCUGUUCCGCCGCCCCCGCCCCCUGGCGCGUCGACGUCCGCGACUGAGACCUCUGUCACCAUGAUGGACAUUGGCCCGCCGCCCCCGGAUCCCAUUACUCAGAUCGCCGGGACCUGGUGGAGCAAGCCAGUACUUCCGACGGGCACCGAGGGCUUGCCUCCCAAAGCUGAGUACGUGGUCAGGCCGGUAGACGUCUACUGGAAGUCUCAAGAGGAUAUGGACCAAAACCAGCCACUGCGGAAAUUCACUGCCCUCGACAAGGCCUUUCGUGAUGAGUUGAGCGCCACCGUCACAGAAUUCUGGAGGAGCUUCCUUCCCGACCUUCCCGAGGCAUGCGAAGUCGAAGGAAUCUCCGGGGCCGACUGGGCAGACCUGGCGGGGCAGAUGAUCUCCACGGCCGGGGCAGUGUCAACACAGGAGAGGCCCUGCUUGAGUAUUCGGCCUGCAGCAAACGCGACGAACACAUUGUCGAGUGACGGUACACAGCACAUGGAGCUCGAGGCCGGAUUCCAUACCCAAAGGGUCACAGAUUCUCCGGCAGAAGAUACAAGAUGCGUGGUCGGAACUCUGUAUCUGGAGCGGGCUCCUCACACGAACGACGCGGGCGCGGAGGUUUCUGACCGCAACCGUUCCAAUCCAUGGGUCUUGAAGCGGAUCGUGGCAGUUAACCCUUUGGCGCCCCCUGCAUUCGACUCCGAUGAUGAGUUCACUGAUAUGACUGUUCAAAUGACGGCGGCGUGA